AUGAGUUCUUCAACACUACUGGGACCAUGGGACCCCGAGAAUGCUCGUUUCUUCAUCCGACACAUCGUCCAGAACAAACAAUACGUCGAUUCAUGGGAGUUUGGCAACGAGCUGUGCGGAAAUGGCGGCAAACCCAACUUCCUCGUGGACGGCAAGCAGUACGGGUUGGACCUGAUCGCCUUCAAGGCGAUGCUCAUCGAUGAGUACGCUAAAUUCGGAGGUCCACCGAAGGUCGCGGCGCCGGGUGGGUUCUACGUCGAGGACUGGUACAAGAACAUGCUGUCCACCUCGGGCUACGGCGUCGUCGACAUCGUCACGCAUCACGUCUACAACCUCGGCUCAGGUGGUGAUGGGAACCUAGUCGACAAGGUCACCGAUCCCAAAGUGCUGGACAAUAUUGUCCGUACGUACAACGAGGUCGUGGGUACCAUCAAGAGCGCCGGCCCUUGGAGCUCUGCCUGGGUGGGAGAAUCCGGUGGCGCUCACAGUAGCGGCGGCAAGGGGCUGUCGAACACCUUUGCGAAUAGUUUCUGGUACUUGGAUCAGCUUGGGAUGGUGUCCAGGCAUCAUCACAAGGUCUUCUGCCGGCAAACCUUGAUCGGAGGCAACUACGGCCUCCUCGACCACGACACCUUCGUGCCAAACCCCGACUACUACAGGUUUGUUUCCAUGCCUGGUGGUGUUACCUUACUGCUGAUCAACCUCUCGGACUCGAUCACGUUCGAGAUUGAGAUUAAUGGCGGCACCAAAUCGUCCGAACGUGAGAUCAGGUCUCGUCCGUUGGCCAAAGACGACAAGGAUCAAAGCAAGAGGGAGGCGUUCCAUCUCACACCCAAAGAUGGCGAUAUCCAGAGCACUGUGAUGCUUCUCAAUGGAAAGGAACUGAGGCUCGACGGCAAGAACAGCAUCCCUGCUUUGGAUCCCAUGGUCGUCGAAGCUUCUGAUCCUCUUCGCAUUGCUCCUCGCUCGAUUGCCUUCGUCAAGCUCAAGGACUUCAAUGCCGCUGCUUGCAGAUAG